AUGUUCAACAGCUUUGCCAAGUACGGCAGCGCGCACUUCGACGUGGGCAUCACCGCCCUCUUCAUUUCGCUCAAACAAAACGAUUACAUCAAGAAACUCUCUCUGGUUAUUUCGGAGGCAUACAAAUUACGAGGUAUCGUGGCUACUCCGCAGGAGCAGGAUGAGCACCGGAAACGGCUUCUGAGCAUGGAAAAGAAGUUUAUGGAAUUCGAGGCUUUCGAUUUCCGCUAUUUCCUCAUUGAGGAGCUGCUAAUCAAAUACGCCAAGUACUUCAGAAUCCCCAAAGAGGUCUGUUUUCUGAGCUGGUCGAUGCUGAAUGACUUGUAUGCGACGGAAUUGCCGCUGCAAUGGCCCUCGAACUUCAACGCAAUCGUCGUUCUGCGCACCAGCUUGCUUAUCUGGAACGAACUCAAUCUGGAAAGAAAAGUUGAGCGUCUGCUCAAUGAGCGCGAGGUUGCUGUCCACGCACGCAAGGACGAGGUCAACAACGCGGUGAACGAGUUUUUGGAAUACUACCUGGACAGUUACGAGACCUCAUUCAUGAGAGACGCGCUUGAACAGCUGAAACUGAGAACCGACAGCAAACACAUUAUAAAUGACGUGAUUCUCAACAUCAAAAUUGGUCUGCACCAGGACGACAGACCCAAUGGCUCCCAGCCGCCUCGGAACCUGGACGAGGACCUUUUUUUCAAAUUGCGCGACUACGAUGUGGGCAAGACCGGCUCGACAGGCUCCGCGACAGCCUGCUGCGAAGAACUACAGAGUGCCUCCUACCCAUGGAGCGCCAGACAACCACUCUCCUCGUCCCCACCCCAGCUCCACCUACCAAAGUAA